CUUAAAAAAAAAAAAAAAAAAAAAAAUCAUGACAUAGCACUUGUUGGCGUGGUGUGUUGACUUCUGGAGGUUUGAUAGUUUGACUUGAGUCGCCAAAUAUUCAAAUGAUUAAUGUUAUUAAUUCGGUUUUAUACUGUUAAUAGGUAAUCUACAAGUUGAAGUUAUACUGUAAUAUUCCCAAGCAAGAUGCCGCCACGCGUUGAUGACGUAAUGAAACUGUGUUGUGAGCUAUCCGCAAAUCAACAAGUAAAAACAGCGGUAAAGCAGUCUGGGAAAGGAGCAGCGGCCGCUGGUGGAUUGGCUUUUGCAGGAGGCUUAAUAGGGGGUCCAUUGGGAAUUGCAGUGGGUGGGGCUGUAGGUGGAUUGAUUGGAUGCUGGAUGACGAGCGGGCAGUUUAAACCUCUACCCCAGGUACUCAUGGAACUGACACCUGACCAGCGGCACAGACUCUUUGAGGAUAUUGUAACCAUUUUAGGCUCAAUAACAUGGACUGAUGUUGCACAGCUGACUGCCCUUGUAAUGGGAAACGCCACACUACAGCAGCAAGUGACCGCUGCUCUUCUGAGCUAUAUACAGAAGGAACUUCAAGCUGAAGUGCGUUAUGUAGACUGAUGUAACUUCAUGUUUAUUACGACAUUCAAACAUUAUAAUCAUGUGUCAUACGGGUUUUUUGAUUGGAUGCUUGAGUACAGUAGUUGAAUCUGGCAUACAACAUAUUAGUACUGUAUAAAAAAUGUUUUUAACUUUAUAUGAUACAUUUGAAUCUGUGAAAAACUUAUUUCCUCCACAGGAUAAAAAAGGUAAUUGUGACGGGUUUUUUUUAAUCUUACGAUUAUGACUAUUUUUCUCACAAUUCAGAGUUUAUAUCUGACAAUUCAGACUCUUUUCUUGCAUUUUAGAGAAAAAAACUCAGAAUUACUGCAUGGCAGAAACAAAAAACAUAAUUGUGAUAUGUAAACUCAGAAUUCAGAGUUGUGAGAUAAAAAUAAUGCUACUUAAUCCCACGUAAUUUUGAGAAAAAAAAAUAAUUAUUUAAUGAUGGAAAAAACCCACAGAAUUGUGAGAAUCAAUGUAUAUUCUUUGCAAUAAUAUCCUGACAUAAUGUGCAGCUUGUUUUCAGAACAAAUAGGAAGAUUACACAUUGUAGAAUAUAUGUGAAUGAUAUUGUUGAAUGCAUUUUUUUAAAUAUUUAAUUAAACUUUUUUUUGGUGUUCUGAUA